GUACGGAUAGCUCAUCGAUAUCACUUCAAGGUUGUUUGUUGUAUAGAAGCUUGAGUUUUGUAGAUGAAUACGGGUGGAGUCAAAAUAAUGAUGAUAAUCCACUGUAUAACUGAGGCCAUCAAAUUUCAUGGAAACAUUACUACUCCAUAGCGGUAGGUGGCGGUAUUUGAAGUUUCUUGCCAACUUUCAUAAAACACCGAACGAAGAAGAAGAAAAACAAGCUCGACGGGCGAGAGAGGCGGGAGGAGGCUCCAUCCUGCUUCAGCAAAUUUUGCUGAAUUUGGACCGAAUGUUGCGAAUCCUCGACGCGGGAGGCCUCCGAUCACGACUUUAGUGGACUAAAACAUCAUUCGUGUAAUCUUCGUGUCCGGUUGGAGCAGUCUCGUGCACGUUGACGCUUCUCGGCCUAGCUUAGCUUAGCACAGCUUGCUAACAAAAGAGACGUUUGUGAUCACCAACACUUCGCUAAGCAGAGCUCAAUCGUGAGCGGAAAGUGUUGUGAUCAAUGUGAAAAUGUCUGCAAGAAGGACAGCGGAGUACGAGGAGGAACUUUGUGGACCAAAAGAGGAGAAGGAGCCACGUCAAUUACUGGACGCUGUGUUCAGUCUGCAGCCUCAAAUUGUGCUACGCACAACAGACAUCACUGAAGUUCUUCAUGCUGAGCGUGAGGCGCCAGAGCCCCCUCACAUUAAAGAGGAAGUGGAGGACGAAGAGUUCCACCACAUCAAAGAGGAACCCAUUUCAGUUAAAAAAGAGGAGGAAGAAGUGAGCCCCCACAUCAAACGGGAAGAGGAGGAGGAGGAUAUCACCAAGUUUCCAUCAACUGGUGUCCCUUUGAAGAGUGAAUAUGAAGGUCAAAGUGAGGAAAGCAGAGGGGCGGAGCCUCCAAGCAGCAGGUCAACUCAACACAUGACAACAGAAGACAUCAGUGAGGAUCUUCGUCCUGAAAAGCAGGAGCCAGAGCCCACUCCCAUUAAAGAGGAAGUGGAGAACAAAGAGGUCCCCCAUAUCAAAGAGGAAGAGGUAUUGGAGCCCAUUUCCAUUAAAAAAGAGGAGGACGAAGAGCGCCCUCACAUCAAACAGGAAGAGGAGGAGGUAAUCACCAAGUUCCUAUUGACUGAUAACGCUUUGAAGAGAGAAAAUGAAGGACAGAGUGAGGAGAGCAGAAGAGGGGCGGAGCCUCCAAGCAGCAACAGCAGCUCAAGUCAACACAUGGCAACAGAAAGUGAUGGAGACCACUGUGGAGGCUCACAAGCAGACAACCUCUUCGCUCCAUUAUCAGAUAGUGACAAUGCAACGUCACACUCUCCUCACAUUCAUGAUGAUGAUAAACAGUCUGAAGGUGAUUUGACAUGUCGCACUGACAACAAACGAUGGAAAUGUUCUCAGUGUGGGAAAACAUUUGCCGAUAAGAGCAAAUUGAAACAACACAUGAGAACACAUACUGGUGAGAAGCCCUUUUCCUGCUCAGAUUGUGACCAAAGAUUCUCAAAAAACGAACACUUAAAAAUACAUACAAGAACGCAUAGUGGUGGGAAAUGUUUUUCCUGCUCAGACUGUGCUCAAAUAUUCUCCUCUAAGGGACAAUUAAAAAAACACACAAGAACCCACACUGGUGAGAAACCUUUUUCCUGUUCAGUUUGCAGUAAAAGAUUCACUCAGAAGGGACAUUUAAAAAUACAUACAAGAACCCACACUGGUGAGAAACCUUUUUCCUGCUCAGUUUGUGGUCAAAGAUUUUCUCAGAAGACCACCUUAAAAAUACAUACAAGAACCCACACUGGUGAGAAACCUUUUUCCUGCUCAGUUUGCAGUAAAAGAUUCACUCAGACGGGACAUUUAAAAAUACACACAAGAACCCACACUGGUGAGAAACCUUUUUCCUGCUCAAUUUGCAGUCAAAGAUUCACUCAGAAGGGAUAUUUAAAAAUACACACAAGAACCCACACUGGUGAGAAACCUUUUUCCUGCUCAGUUUGUGCCCAAAGAUUUUCUCACAAGAGAACCUUAAAAAUACACACAAGAACACACGCUGUUGAGAAACCUUUUUCCUGCUCAGUUUGCAGUUAAAGAUUCACUCAGAAGGGACAUUUAAAAAAUAUACACAAGAACCCACAAUGGUGGAAAUCCUGUUUCCUGCUCAGUUUGUGGUCAAAGAUUCCCUUAUAAGACUCGGACUAAGACACAUAAGUGUGCUGGUGAGAAUAGCCGUGACCAAGAAGCUAUCAAUGAAAAUGUUUAAUAUCAAAAGUAAUUACUUACAAAAAUCUGGUAUUAUGUGUCCAUCCAUUUUCUGAGCUGCUUCUCCUCACUAGGGUCGCAGGCGUGCUGGAGCCUAUCCCAGCUGUCAUCGGGCAGGAGGCGGGGUACACCCGGAACUGGUUGCCAGCCAAUCGCAGGGCACAUAGAAACAAACAACCAUUUGCACUCACUUUCAUGCCUACGGGCAAUUUAGAGUCUCCAAUUAAUGCAUGUUUUUGGGAUGUGGGAGGAAACCCACGCAGGCACGGGGAGAACAUGCAAACUCCACACAGGCGGGGCCAGGGAUUGAACCCGGGUCCUCAGAACUGUGAGGCUGACGCUCUAACCAGUCGUCCACCGUGCCGCCUGUAUUAUGUGUGCCAUCUUUUAUUUUAUCCAUCUUCUUCUUGUCCAUAUUUCUAAAAACCUGUGGAGAAGUGUUGAGAUUUUGCACUGGUGCCAAAUACUGUAAAGGAAUUAGUUAAUGGUGAGACCAUAGGCACUUAUUCCGUAGUUCUGGACUUACACGUCUGCAGAAAAGAAACCCUCCAAAAUAGCCUCAGUUGUGAUGAUGGGCUCGUUUUCUGAUGAAAUAUAUAUUUUUCAGCCAGAUUUUGGCCCUCCCACAUUUUGGACAGUCAGCCUGUGACAGCCGGACGCGUAGCGAUCAGGAGCCGAUUACGUUUCCUAACUGGACUUCUCUGUGUUCUGUGGUGUCAUUUUGGCCCAUAUUGAAAGUCUGGAUGUCGUUUUCUGGACAAUAAGUUAAAAUAGUGAAAGUGAAAUAUGUUGGAAGACCGUUGAAAUGCGUCCUUGAGGAAAGCAAGAUCGGAUGACCCGUGAUGAGGCUCCCCUGCCAAACGCGUUACGUCGCUUAAUGUUCAGAAACUUCAGUUGAUCGGAUCUCAUCUGAUCCAUUAAAUCUAAAAUAUCGGGCUGAUCGUUGUAAUAUUUUCAGAAGUAGAAACUGCCUUGAGUAGAGAUGUCCGCAUAAAUUUUGGUGAUUAUUGACAGUUUUGGGACAUUAAGCCACGUUUCUUGGGUUCAUGCAUGAGGCUUGCAAGGUGAGUUUAAUUUUCUUUAGUAUAAAAUACAGUGAAAUAUGGACCAUUAAGAGCCAUUCAUCCUCCAAGCAAGGCAUAAAUUUUGGCCAAUGUUUUAGUGAUGUCGAUAUCAAGUAAGUGAAGAUUGAUUGAACUACACUGUAAAGAAACUUUAAAUUUUUGGUGGUCAACUGUAAAGUGUAUAUGUGAUCCUUAAUAAAAUACACAUCUUGAAACAG